AUGGAGUACCUGCCAGCAAUAAAGGAGGGCAGGAAUGCUGUUCGGAAAUCCAGCGCUGUAACUGUAGCUGCAGCCAGUGCUAAUGGGCACUUGUUAUGCUUGUUAAUUGACAAGUAUGUAUGUUUAGGUGGAAAAUUGUUUUACACUGAGGAACUGGCAACAAAACCCGAUCAAGUCAUUGAACGUUGCUGUGUUCGUGAGGCUGCAGUGCAAACCGGAGAUCUGUUGCCAUGUAGGAUUUGCGGAAGGACUUUCUUUCCAGCAGCACUGAAAAAGCAUGGACCUAUUUGCCAAAAAACUUCUGCCAAGAAAAGGAAGACAUUUGAUUCUAGCCGACAGAGAGCAGAAGGAACUGAUAUUCCCACAGUAAAACCUCUUAAGCCACGACCAGAACCCCCAAAAAAACCUUCCAACUGGAGACGAAAGCAUGAGGAAUUUAUAGCAACUAUACGAGCAGCCAAAGGACUUAAUCUUAAAGAUGGUGGAAAACUCCCUCCACCACCUCCGCCAUCUUAUGACCCUGAUUACAUCCAGUGUCCAUAUUGUCAGAGGAGAUUUAAUGAAAAUGCAGCUGACAGACACAUCAAUUUCUGUAAAGAACAAGCAGCACGUAUUACUAAUAAGGGGAAAUUGGCAGCUGAUACCAAAGGGAAGCUUCCUACUCGAACACAGUACAAACCUGCUGCAGUUAAGAAGAUGCCUUCUGUAGGGUCAGCGCCACCAUCAUCAUCAUCAUCACGCUUACCACAGCCAAGUGGCGUUAGCAAAACUGUUGUAGGUGCCUCUUCAAGUAAAGCACUAUCUUCGUCUGGAUCCAGUGGGAGCAAAAUUCAGACGUUGUCACCAGCUCAUAAAAACUCAUUGGGAAUGGUGAACCCACAAGCAGGUAAGAUGGAGAAGUUAGGCCCACCACUGCGAACUGGAAGAGAUGUGCAAAGGUUUUAUGACACUGACACAAAAACAGACAGUACCAUCAAAAGACCAAAUGAGUUGUUGCCUAUAAAGAA